AUGGCCAACCAGGCAGCAGUCCUCACUCAAUUCCACGGUCCCCUAGCCAUCCAGGACCUCCCGAUCCCAGAAUGUCAACCAACAGAAGUGCUAGUGAGAGUGAAGGCAGCGGCUACCAACGCUGCCGACUGGAAGAUAUACGAGGGCCAUUUCCCCCAAGAUCUCCCACUGCUCCCGGGGUGUGACAUCGUCGGAGAAAUCACCGAAGUCGGCUCAAGCGUGGCCGGCUUCAGCAUCGGCGACAGGGUAGCCGGCUACACGCAGCAACAGCUCAUCGGAAUGCAAUCCAUGGCGACUACCGGCCGGAUCGCCCCCGACCUCCGCCACGGCGGCUACCAACGGUACGUCCCCAUGCUCCCGCGCAUGAUCUUCAAAGUCCCCAGCUCCGUCCCCGAUGAAACUGCCGUCACCUUCGGCUGUUCCUUCUUCACGGCCGCCGCCGCCGUCUUCAAGUCCCUCGACUUCCCCUACCCCUUUCCGGCGAAUGCGCCCGUCGAAGCCCAGAAGGUCCUCGUCUGGGGUGGCGCGAGUGCUGUCGGCGCUUUUGCGAUCCAGCUGCUCAGGGCGUCACAUGUGGAUGUCACGGCUGUUUGCUCCGCGCGGAACUUUGACUAUGUUCGGGGUCUGGGAGCGAGUCAUGUCAUUGACUAUGGUGCCGGUGAUGUGGUUGCGCAGGUGAAGGCGCAGGGUCUGAGCUUUGGGGUUGUGUUUGAUGCGAUCUCGUCGCAGGAGACGUGUACUGCUUGUUUAGAUAUUGCUGGUGAGGGAGGCAAGGUGGCGAACGUGCAGUUUCUGGAGGCUCUGAGGCGGCCGAAGAUUGACUUGGUGCAUACGAAUGUUGUGGAUAUCUUGGGCGAGUCGGAUGUGGAAUUCCUGUCCUCCUUGGUUGGGUCUUGGAUACCGAAGGCCUUAAGCGAAGGAACUGUAAAGGGUGUCCGGUAUACUAAAUACUCUGACGGAUUGAGCGAUAUCGAUCGUGCAAUUAGGGAUCAUCGCGAUGGAAAUCUUGCUGGAAAGGGCGUUAUUACUGGUAUCUAG